GAUGAAUUGGACAUGAUUGUAUGGACUGGACACCAAUGCAGAGGACAAUGCGAUUCAAUUUGGGCUUCAUUAUACGGUGGACCAAUGGCUUACUCGGGUCCAGCGCACGCAUCGUUUUUUCUUUACUUUUUCUUCUUUGCUUUUCUCUGUCCAGCCACUUUGAAAAGGUCGAUUUGCAAUAGUGCUGUCUGGGCCAGUCGAUCAGCUAUAGGGGAUCUAAGGCCUUGCCUCGUGCGGGUGGCUUUCAGCUCGCCAAUCGAUCGCCAUCUGGUAGUACAGCUGAGGGUGAGCGAAUUUGCGGUGUAAGCG